CUCCUCCAAAAGUGAAAGUAAAAGUGGAAGGUCAAAGCGUGUUGGAGUGCGACGUUUUUGCAUGUCCACGAAGAAAUUAACACGGAGCAAAAAACUGACUUCAUAUCUAUAUAAACAUAUCAACAUAUAUUGAUCAACUUGUAUUCCUAUUGUGAUCCUUCAUAGCAGUCUCCCUCCUAUAGGGGACCUCGGAUGCGGUCUGGACUUCCAACAGCAGAAUGGGUGCGCUGAUGACGUAUGCAUGCCUCGUGGCUGCCCUCGGGGCAUCUCUGUGUGUUGCUGCCCCAGUUUCAGGUGGUCUUCAGGUUUCAGUCCCGUCCCCCGUCUCGGUGCAGCGAGGACACACAACCACAUUACCGUGCUGGCUCAAUCCACCCCAAAGUGCCGAGGCUUUAGAGGUACGUUGGUACCGUCUGGAUCACUUUGACUCCCCAAUCCUGUUUUACCGAGACAAAAGGUUUCAGGAGUCGUCCCAGACCGCCUCGUACUCGGGCCGAGUCUCAUUCGGCCUAAAGGACGCGGUGUCUGGGGGGCUCACAGCAGGGGACUUGACCCUGAGACUAGAAAACGCCACGAUUGAGGACGCGGGGGAUUACACCUGCUACGUCAGCAGUGACCAGGGUUAUGACGGUGGGAGUGUCCGUCUCGUCGUGACAGAAAUGGGAACGUCCCCUCUUCUGUCGGCAGAGUGGGAAGACGACCACACGGUGAACGUGAGCUGUGAGUCUGAAGGCUGGUACCCAGAGCCCAGUCUGCGCUGGUCGGAUCAGAACCAGGUUCUCACCCCAAAGAACCUGAAGUACAGCAAAGACUCUUCUGGUCUUCUGUCAGUCCACAGCUGGCUUCUCGUCCCCAGCUCCACUGAGGUGUCCUGCACAGUAGGCGUCUCUGAUAAAGAGCCAAAGAAGGCGAGAGUGCGCCUGGAAAACCGUCCUCCUGCACCUGAGUCCGGAUCGUCAGCGGCUGGAUGGGGGGCCUUUGCUCUCCUCCUCGUAGCCGUGGUAGUGUCACUCGCUGUGCUGUACUACAAAAGGAGAGAGAAGAAGCACAAAUCAAGAAAGGAGCAUACUGAGGAGAAGAAGCACAAAUCAAGAAAUGAGCAUACUGAGGAGACUGAUGCACUUUUACCAAAAGAAGUGAUCCGGCCAACUGUUAAUCUAGAUGUUGAUAGAUAUCUAUCAACAGCUAAAGAGUUCAAUGUUAAUGUGACACUUGACCAGAAACCAACAAAUCAGUAUAUCACAAUCAGGGGUUGUAAACUGAGAGACGCCCCGCCUGACCAGUGUGUCUUUCCUGAUGGAGACAAGGUGACCUGUCUCACAGCGGUCAAAGGAGCCCCCGGCUUCUCUUCUGGACAACACUACUGGGAAGUUUCUUUGGGGAAAGACGAUGCUAACGUAGGUCUCAAAAUGUCCUGGUGGGUAGGAGUUACAAGUGCAGCUGUCCCUCAGGAGUCAGGUUACUCGCCAAAUACCUCCAACGGUUUCUGGUUCCUGUCCUCGUCCCCUGACAGUCCAGAGACCUUUCAGUUUAGCUCAGAAGCCGAGGUUUUACUGCCCGUCCGCUCCAGGCCGCAGACGCUUGGCGUGUAUUUGAAUUAUGACGAUGGAGAGCUUUCCUUUUAUAACGUAAACGAUGAGAGUCUCAUCGGCACGUUGAACGCUACAUUUACCGGUGAAGUUUUUCCAUUUUUCAACCCCGGCAAAGGUGACAGAGGAGUUAUGGAAAUAUUACAGAUGCAAAAGGGCCAGUCUAGCGUGGGGAACAUGGAAGAUGUAAGGCAACAAGAGACCUAAUAUCAAUAGCAACGUCAAUAUGAAAAGCUAUAGCGUCUGUUUUAUGUUUUAGCACUGUAGUUGUGUCAUGUGUUGAACUGAGUGUUUUUACUUUAUGGAUUAUAUUUAGUUCAGGGAAAUGUGUUGAGUGACUGAAAUGGGUGACAACCCAACAUUUGUAAUCUGUCAAACCCCAAACUAAAUCUGCAUGGCAUUGACAAAAUAUUCCACUAAUUGUUGGGAUAAUCCUAAUGAUUUUUUUAAGCUGUGAGAAGUGACAAUACUCAGUUAUGAGUAUGCUUGCUGAUUAUGACUGAUUGCUGCAUUAAGUGUGUAAUGGUUGCCCAUAUCCAUCUUCAUUAGCAGCUAUUUUGUGUAUUUUAAAUGUGUGUGGAUUCCUUGAAUGCUUUAAACAUGUUAGUAUUUAGAUGUGUAGUUCGUUGUAUUUCUAAUACACGCAGUUAAACCUAUAUUCAAUGGUCUUCUUUUCAUUUAUUGUUUAUUAAAUAGAUGUUCUUUAGUGUUUGGUGCAUUCGGCUCCUUUUUACCUGAAGUAGGCAGACUACUAUUUGUUGAUAUCAGAGAUCCAGCCGUUACCUUAUUAUUUUUCAUGCGUUGUACUCUUCCCUUGCUGGGUGAGUGAGGGAACCAUUACAAGUAUUUUAUUUACAGCGAUGGUCCCGUGACGCUAAAACGGAUUAUGUAGUUCUCCUGUGUUUGCCAAACUUUGUGUCAGUGUGGACUUUCAUUCAUAUGCUACUAUACAUUUAUACACUAGGAGUAGAAAUACACUAACAUUUAUACUAAUUACAACGUGUAAGUUAAGUUAUCAUUGCCUUUGAAAUAGCUAAAAUAACCUGCUCUUUUUGGUGUUUUUAGGCAAUAAUACAUGUAUUAUUAAACACUAAAAAAAGGACCAUGCACAAAUAACAUGAGUUAGAUAUUAGCUAAUUUCCAUUUGUAGUCCCUGGGCAGCUAACCCAACUCUAGUACUACAGUUAUUCAUGUGAGCAAAUCCAUACAACAUACUUUAAGCUAUGACUUGAUGGGCUAUAUUGAAGUUUCAGUUCACCUUUGGUGGAUUGUUGUCUAGACGUUUGUGAACGCUUUCCAAUAAUUCAUGUUAAAAUGUUAACUUUUUCUGUAAUGUGUGUACGCCUUUGUGAAUGCCAGCUGUUUGAAUAAACUCAACCAAUAAGG